CCAGAGAUUGAGCCUCAGGUUUCAGAUAAAAUGUAAGGAUAAUAAAAACGGGAGGUUUGGCCUUGUUGUGCAAUGGUAACAACCGUAAGGGUGGUUGAGUAUGGAAGUAACAAGCAUGUCCCAAGCUCUACAACUCCAUGCUCAAUUCCUCAAAUCCCAAACCCAAAACCAUCAAAACCUCUCCAACCUCUUCACCUUCGCAGCUCUCUCCCCCUCCGGAAACCUCAACUACGCUCGCCUCAUCCUCAGCUCAAACCCAUCUCUCAACUCUUACUACUACAACACCAUCAUUCGAGCUUAUUCUCAUUCCCUCAACCCCACCCAUCAUCUCCAAGCACUUUCCCUCUUCCUCUUCAUGCUCCAAUCACCCACCAAUCACCACAAUGUGCCUUUACCCGAUAACUUCACUUAUCCGUUUGUUUUAAAAUGCUGUGCGCGCUUGAAACUUGUUCCGCAAGGAAAACAGGUUCAUGGGUUGAUUACGAAGAUGGGUUUUGGUUCUGAUUUGUAUAUUCAAAAUGCGCUGGUUCAUAUGUACUCUGAAGUUGGUGAACUGGGUGUUGCACGUGAGGUGUUUGAUAGAAUGUUUUAUAGAGAUGUGGUUUCUUGGACGUCGAUGAUUGAUGGUUUUGUUAAUCAUGAUCUUCCUCUUGAGGCGAUUGAGUUGUUUGAGAGAAUGUUGGUAAGUGGGGUUGAAGUGAAUGAUGCUGCGGCGAUUUCUGUUUUGAGAGGUUGUGCGGAUUCGGGAGCGUUGAGUGUGGGGAGGAGAGUGCAUGGGAUUGUGAAGGAGAAGGGGAUUUAUUUGAAGGGUAAUGUUUGUACUGCGCUUAUUGAUAUGUAUUCGAAAUGUGGGUGUUUAGAGAGUGCAACAAAGGUGUUUGAUGAUGUUGUGGAUAGAGAUGUUUUUGUUUGGACUGCGAUGAUUUCUGGUCUUGCUUGUCACGGGAUGUGCAAAGAAGCGAUUGAUAUGUUUGUUGAAAUGGAAAUGUGUAAUGUAGUGCCUGAUGAGAGGACUGUUACGGUUGUUUUAUCGGCGUGUAGGAAUUCAGGCUUGGUUCGUGAAGGUUAUAUGUUUUUUAAUGAUGUCCAGAAGCGUUACGGUAUGAAACCCACUAUUCAACAUUUUGGUUGCAUGGUGGACCUUCUUGCAAGAGGAGGGUGUUUGAAGGAAGCUGAAGAUUUCAUUAAUGCAAUGCCAAUGAAACCUGAUGCAGUCCUUUGGAGGACCUUGAUAUGGGCAUGCAAAGUUCACGCAGAUACUGAAAGAGCCGAGCGUUUGAUGAAACACCUUGAGCUGCAAGGUAUGGGUAAACAUGAUAGUGGAAGUUACAUACUUGCUAGUAAUGUUUAUGCGUCUGUAGGAAAGUGGUGUGACAAGGCAGAAACGAGAGAAUUGAUGAAUAAAAAGGGGUUGGUAAAGCCACCAGGGUCUAGUAGGAUUGAAAUUGAUGGUGUUGUUCAUGAAUUUGUCAUGGGGGAUUAUAAUCACCCUGAAGCAGGGAAAAUAUUUGUCGAAUUGGAUCAGAUGGUAGAUAAGCUGAGAAAACAAGGGUAUAACCCUAAAGUAUCAGAGGUAAUGCUUGAGAUGGAUGAUGAGGAGAAAGCCAUUCAGUUGCUUCAUCAUAGUGAGAAGCUAGCGCUUGCUUAUGGACUGAUCAGGAUACGUCCUGGGUCCAAAAUCAGGAUUGUAAAGAACCUAAGGUCUUGCGAGGACUGUCACGAAUUCAUGAAACUAAUCUCUAAGGUUUACCAAAGAGACAUCAUCGUAAGAGACAGAAUACGAUUCCAUCAUUUCAAAAAUGGGGAUUGUUCUUGUAAGGAUUAUUGGUAGCAUGAGAGUUGUCCUUGGAUUAAAUGUUGUAAUGUGUAAAAGGAAAACUUGUAGAGAAAACCCAUGUACAGUCACAUGAGCUGCUAGCUUUGAUACCUUAUUUGGCUAUCAAGACAAAUUGCAAAUGCCAAGAAUUUUUUUUACUUGCAUGGACAUUUUUUCAGAUUUUAAACAUAAAUCAUGAGUGAUGGCCCCUUUUUUUUUUUUUUUUUUUUAUAAAUACCAAUAGACGGGAUAUAGUUCUAUCCAUAAUCCAUGACAAUGUGCUUAUUCAGAGUACUGCGACAUAAUUCAGUUUCUAUUUGGUUAAGAUAUGGUCAUAUAGGACACCUAGAGAUGGAGAACCAAACUCAUUCUUUGGAAGUUCUUUGGUCAGAUACUGUUGGCGAUUUGCAGGUACGUUGCAACUGCAUAUGCAUGUUUUUCUUCGUGAAAUACUUACCUUCGUGUAUGUCAUUACAUUCUGUUCUUUAACUAAAGAUAUUUCUACUUGAUAAUUUAUCAAGUUGUUUCAUUGAAUAUACAUUUUUAUUAGAUUAUGUGUUGUCAAAUCAUUAAGUACUUACACUUUGAAAGAUGAUAACUAUUUAGAAAGGUUGAUUUUUUAAUGACUUGCAUACACAGACUUAGAUAAUUAUGUCAAAAACUUUGCAUUAAGAAUGAACCAAAAUUAUACUUGUUGAUGAUAAUUGUACUUAUUCCCCCAAGUCGUAUUCAUAUGGAGAUAAGAUUAAAAAUAUGAAGUUUUGCACUCAACAAAAUUAGAUUGAAUGCUGUAUAAUACAUUGUUUAGAUUUACAGUGUCACAUAAGUUUGAACUUAAUGUAGCUUACAAACUAUCAAAAUCUCUUUACAGGUUGUCCCUAUCCUUUCUUUUUGGCAUUCACAGUUGAUUUUUAAAAUUAAUGAUUGAAUUGAACAAAUAAUUUAUCUAGCCAGAAUAAGAGUCCGAAUUAAAAUUCAUAAUUAUAAUCAAACUUCAUGGACCUAUCUCCAGUCCCGUCACAGAAUCCAAUUUCAUAUUUUUCGUCAGAGUGAUAGGAGUCCGGAUUAAAGACAAGCAAAACAAUGUAAUUUUAUUAAAAACCAGAAUUGUUCAGAAGAUAGUCCUUGUAAUCCCAGAGCUAAAUGCUGCUCAAAUAAGAGAUGAAUCUCUCUGUUCCCAACCAAAAGGUUUCUAACAGUAAAGAUGCUUGAAUGAUCUCCCUAUUUUCCUCCUUCUCCUUAUAUUCCCUCACCUUUUCUAACAAAAUGCCACAUCAUACAACUCCUCUCCAACUUCCCUAUUCGGUUUAGUUGUUGGGCUUAGGCCUAAGCCCAGAGUCCUAUCAGAGUUAGUCAUGUUCAGAAAACUUUGAACUAUUCUAAUUAAAAAACUUCCAACUAUUGUCAUGGAAAGAAAAAAAAAGAGAAAUUUUGGACUAGAUAAUCAAAAAUAAAUUAAUGCCAUAUGUUUCUUAUUGUAUGGUUUCUAUUUGGAGGAAUUCUUUGAAGGUUUUGAACCUGAAAAAAUGCUAUAAAAUGAAAUUGUUCACCUUAUAUACGUCGAUAGAAGGAGGGGGUGAAUAGAAAACAGCAACAAUCAAUAAAAAAAGCUAAGAUGAAUUCGGCUAGUUUAAAAUUGUUUCUAAUGAAAUUGUUUUUUAAUUCUCAUAGUUUAACAUGAUUAUUGUCCUGAUAAUAGUUCUGCUCUGACGGUGAAGCAAACUGAUUCCCUCGUGUUUGUAGUUUGUAACAUGGGUUUGGUUGGUAACAUGCACCCAACUAUUCAACCACUGAAGAAAGCUGCUUAGAUCUUUUGUCCAAAAUCAAGAAUUUGAGAAUUAAUAAUUGAUUAUGUGAACAGAAAAAUUCAAAAUCUAGAAUAGUCUGACUGGUGGACAAUUAUCAAUCAAUUAAGGAGCAAAUUACUGGGGGCAAAAUAGGAAUCAAGGACGCUUUAAAUUCUGACAUCAAUCUUGAACUAUAAACAUGAAGGAAUGCUUCUCUGAAGUUAAACUUCAUUUUAAAGGUUAAAGUGAGAGAUCUAAACCAUUGCUGAUAUACUGUCAUUUAUGAUAAAAUAGAACUUGUUUGCUGUCUUAUGAUCUCUGUGAAGUCACCAUCUAUAUUAUAAAAUGACAUUUCUUAUUGUUUACUACUUUGUAGCAUUGAACUUGAGAAACUGACAGGAGCUGUUUUUAAAUUUAUCAGAUUACUUCCAUGGUCAGGAACCUA